AUGGACUAUCCACGUUAUUUAGCGAUUUACUAUCUCUUAACCGAGGAUCGUUUCCCUAUCGAUUGUGACAAUGAAUACAAAACGAAAUUACGCAACACGGCGAGAAUGUAUAUGGCGGCAGAUGGAAAGUUGUUUAAGAAGAUGAAGGAUGGCAGUCAAGGUUUGGAGGUGCUUCAUGAAGGAAAUGCGGAUGAUGCUAUACGGCGGGUACAUGAGGAAGGUCACUUGGGCAUUAACAACACAUGGAGGAGGCUAAGGUUGAAGUACGAAGGGUAUCAGCUGUUCGAGCGUGUACGCAAUUGGGUCAAGAGUUGUGAAAGCUGCCAGUAUCGACAAAGGAGAGGAGUCAUACGUACGGAGAAAGCAAGGCCAAUCGAUACACCUGAACGUCCAUUUUUUAUGAUUGGGUGCGACGCCGUUGGUCCUUUUGGCAAAGAAGCAACUGCACAAGGAAAUCGUUACAUACUUGUUGCUAUUGACUAUCUUACGCGGUGGCCUAUUGCAAAAGCUGUACCCGAUAUCACGGAGACAACGAUAGCAGAAUUCCUAUAUGAGCAAGUGGUGGUCAAGUAUGGCGUUCCCAAUUACAUCCUUACAGACCGAGGCAGCAAUUUUACAUCAGGCUAUGUGCGUGAGUUUUUGAAGAGUAUCGGAUGCAAGCAUAUCACCACUACAGCCUAUCGUCCUCAAGUGAAUGGUUUGUGUGAGCGAAUGAAUGGCACCAUUACUUCGGCUUUGGCGAAAAUUGCUCGUGACCAUGAUGAUGUCAAGGAAUGGGAUAAAUACGUGACUACAGCAGUUUUGGCGGCAAGGACUAUGGUUAACGAGUCAACGCGUUAUAGUCCGGCGAUGUUGUUGUAUGGUUAUGAGUUACGUACACCAGCCAUUUGGCCAGCACCAAGGGAAGACUAUGUGGAAGGCGAGUUGGAUUUGGAGGUUGCUAGUCGCAUCAAGGUGAUUCAACACCUAGUGGAUCAAGCAAGAGUGGAAGCAAGGGAGCGUACCAAGGAGCAACAACGAAAGGCCAAAUUACGAUAUGAUGCACGUGUUCAAGAGAGACCCCGUUUUAUUGUUGGUGACAUGGUAUUGAUGAGAGAUCAAAGGCCAGCUGGGAAAUUGGAUGAUAGAUGGAUCGGUCCAAUGACGGUGGUGAAAGCGAACAGCGGUGGCACUUAUUAUUUGCAUGGCCCAAAUCGACAACGAUUGAAAGGAGCAGUUCAUGGUGACAACUUGGUUUCUUGGGUGGCACGAACAAGCAUGAUCCCUGAUGUUAUGGUGCAAAGAGCUGAUCAACAAUUCCGGGCUUGGUUGGCUAGGCGAGGUGCUCAAUAA